AUGGAGCCUCUCCGGGUGUCUGAAGACCCGGCCAGCUCUCCCCCAGCCAGAUCCAAAUUGCGCAUCUUUAGUAUCAUACUCAUGCUCUGUCUCGUCCUCUUCAUCGCGGCGCUCGACCAGACCAUUGUUGCAACUGCCAUCCCCUCAAUGACCAAGGACCUGAACUCCGCUGCAGGCUAUACGUGGAUAGGUGCUGCCUAUCUACUCGCAAUGUGCGCCGCAAAUCCAACGUGGGUGCGCAUCAGCGACAUCUGGGGUCGCAAGCCGGCCAUCCUUGGUGCAAACAUUGUCUUCACCAUCGGCAGUGUCAUUGCAGGUGCAAGUACCACUAUGCCUAUGCUGAUUGCUGGACGAGGAGUGCAAGGCCUUGCUGGUGGAGGGAUCAUGUCGCUGGUCAGCAUAAUCAUCGCAGAUCUCUUCAGCAUGCGGCAUCGGUCUCUGUAUGUCAGUGCGACUGCACUUGUCUGGGUCCUGGCUGGGACCACUGGCCCUGUUAUUGGGGGCACUUUGUCGCAGUAUGCAAGUUGGCGCUGGUGCUUCUGGAUUAAUCUACCGGUCUGUGGCGUUGCUCUGAUCGUCAUAUUCUUUUUUCUUGACCUGCAUAACCCACAUACGAAUCUGCGCGACGGCUUGAAGGCCAUUGACUGGUUUGGAGCCGUCUCGACUGUGACAAUCAUUCUUUUACUUCUCCUUGGCCUCGACUUUGGCGGCGUGACGUUCGCCUGGGACAGCCCAACCGUCAUCUGCAUGGUCGUGUUUGGAAUCUCACUGAUUGGGUUCUUUAUCUUCGCCGAGAAGCGCCUUGCGAGGUACCCCCUGUUAGAUUUGAGGGUCUUUCAGGACUGGUCCAACAAUGCUGCUGUUCUAGUUGCCAUUUCACAUAGCAUGGCUACCACUGGCACGGAGUACUACCUUCCAUUAUACUUCCAAAGCGUGAAACAGGCUUCGCCUAGCAAAAGCGGUGUUCUAAUUUUACCCAUGAUGGUCACUGUAUCGCUUUGCGACGUCUCGAUAGGCGUUCUUGUCCACAAGACAGGCCGUUACCGAGAGGUUAUCUGGGCUGGAACAAUGCUCCUAACUCUGGGAACGGGCCUGUAUAUCACAUUUGGAAUCGAUACGUCCCUGGCACAUAUUAUCGGCUUCCAGGUUAUAGGCGGUAUCGGGUUCUCCAUGCUCCUCGUUACGCCCAUGCUCGCGCUCCAGAACAACGUUGCGCAACCGGACGUGGCAGUCGCGACAGGGACAUUAAGCUUCAUGCGAAGUAUAGCUACAUCUCUGUCCAUCGUUAUUGGUGGUGUAGUCUUCCAGAAUAGCAUGUCUAACCAGCAACCAUCUCUUGUCUCGGCUGGUCUUGACGACGCCCAACUUAUGUCAUUUUCAGGACACGAUGCGGCAGCAAGCGUGGAGUUGGUCGCGUCAGUCAGGGACCCAGCUCAGAAUCGCGCUGUUUUGGAGGCGUACUCUGUGAGUAUCCGCAAUAUGUUCAUUCUGUACACGGCUGUCGCGGCCGUGGGGUUGUUCGCCAGCCCGUUCAUUAAGCAGCGCCACAUGAGUGACGAGCAUCAGGAGACCAAGACUGGGAUUGAAAAUAUUACGGCCCAUAAGCCGAAUACCUGA